GCGGCGGGCCGGGAGCGAGGUCGGGGCCAUGGGCCGGCGCUGCGCCUGCGGAGGGGCCGGCCAGCGCGGGGAGCCGCGGCCGGGGCUGGGGGCGCCCCGGGCUCCGUCCCGAGGCCCAGCCGCGCCCGCCCGCGCCGGGUGAGGGGCGCCCGCGCGAGCCCCGAGGCCGAGGAGCCGAGGCCGCGCGGCGGCCCCCGAGCGCCCCCAGGAUGCUCAUCAAGGAGUACCACAUCCUGCUGCCCAUGAGCCUGGACGAGUACCAGGUGGCCCAGCUCUACAUGAUCCAGAAGAAGAGCCGGGAGGAGUCGAGCGGCGAGGGCAGCGGCGUGGAGAUCCUGGCCAACCGGCCCUACACGGACGGGCCCGGGGGCAGCGGGCAGUACACGCACAAGGUCUACCACGUGGGCUCCCACAUCCCAGGCUGGUUCCGGGCGCUGCUGCCCAAGGCGGCCCUGCAGGUGGAGGAGGAAUCCUGGAAUGCCUACCCCUACACCCGGACCCGGUAUACGUGCCCCUUCGUGGAGAAAUUCUCCAUUGAAAUCGAGACCUACUACCUGCCGGAUGGGGGACAGCAGCCCAACGUCUUCAACCUGAGCGGGGCUGAGAGGAGGCAGCGCAUCCUGGACACCAUCGACAUCGUGCGCGAUGCGGUGGCCCCCGGCGAGUACAAGGCGGAAGAGGACCCGCGGCUGUAUCGCUCGGUCAAGACAGGCCGGGGGCCGCUGGCCGACGACUGGGCGCGCACCGCGGCACAGACGGGACCCCUCAUGUGCGCCUACAAGCUGUGCAAGGUGGAGUUCCGCUACUGGGGCAUGCAGGCCAAGAUCGAGCAGUUCAUUCACGAUGUCGGUCUGCGGCGGGUCAUGCUGAGGGCGCAUCGCCAGGCCUGGUGCUGGCAGGACGAAUGGACAGAACUGAGCAUGGCUGACAUCCGGGCCCUGGAGGAGGAGACUGCCCGCAUGCUGGCCCAGCGCAUGGCCAAGUGCAACACGGGGGGCGAGAGCCCCGAGGCCGAGCCCCCGGGGAAGCCGAGCGCCGAGCCCCGGGCGGGGACCAGCCGCGCCAGCACCCCUGAUGGGCCUGAAGCCCCCCGCGGCCCCGACGCCUCCCCCGACGCCAGCUUCGGCAAACAGUGGUCCUCCUCAUCCCGGUCCUCCUACUCAUCCCAGCACGGAGGUGGCGUGUCCCCCCAGAGCCUGUCCGAGUGGCGUAUGCAGAACAUCGCCCGCGACUCCGAGAACAGCUCCGAGGAGGAGUUCUUUGAUGCCCACGAAGGUUUCUCGGACAGCGACGAGGUCUUCCCCAAGGAGAUGACCAAGUGGAACUCCAACGAUUUCAUCGAUGCCUUUGCCUCCCCCAUCGAGGCCGAGGGGGCCCCAGAGCCUGGAGCUGAGGUCACCAAGAACAUCAGGGACGGGACACGAGUGCCCAGGGAUUCAGAGGGCCCCGAUGGAGCCAGUGAGCUGGGGGCCGAGGCGUGCGCCGUCCACGCCCUCUUCCUCAUCCUGCACAGCGGCAACAUCCUGGACCCCGGCCCCGCCGACGCCUCCUCCAAGCAGGCAGACGUGCAGACUCUGCGCCUGGCCUUCGAGGCCGUCACCCGCAUCCACUUCCCAGAGGCCCUGGGCCACGUAGCCCUGCGCCUGGUGCCCUGCCCGCCCAUCUGCGCCGCCGCCUAUGCCCUCGUCUCCAACCUGAGCCCCUACAGCCACGACGGCGACAGCCUGGCCCGCUCCCAGGACCACAUUCCCCUGGCCGCCCUGCCGCUGCUGGCCACCUCCUCCUCCCGCUACCAGGGGGCUGUGGCCACCGUCAUCGCCCGCACCAACCAGGCCUACGCCGCCUUCCUGCGCUCGGCAGAGGGUGCCGGCUUCUGCGGGCAGGUGGUGCUGAUCGGGGACGGCGUUGGUGGCAUCCUGGGUUUCGAUGCGCUCUGCCACAGUGCCGGCACGGGCACGGGCAGCCGGGCCAGCAGCCGCCGGGGAAGCCUGAACAACGAGCUGCUCUCACCCGAGGUUGGCCCCGUGCGUGACCCGCUGGCAGAUGGCAUUGAUGGGCUGGGCCGGGCCAGCCCAGAACCCUCGAGUCUGCCCACCCAGCGGCCCCCCAGCGACGUGGCCGGUCCCGAGCCGGAAGGCGCCCAGAGCAGCCUGCAGGCAGCACCCUCCAGCAGCUCCUCGGGGGAGCCGCGGCGGGCCAGCACCUCUGAGGCUGCCGACUGCCCGGCCAGCGCCGCACGCCUAGACUUUAAGGUCUCCGGCUUCUUCCUCUUCGGCUCCCCGCUGGGCCUGGUGCUGGCACUGCGCAAGACAGUCAUGCCCGCCCUGGAGGUGGCCCAGAUGCGACCGGCCUGUGAGCAGAUCUACAAUCUCUUCCACGCGGCUGACCCCUGCGCCUCCCGCCUCGAGCCCCUGCUGGCCCCCAAGUUCCAGGCCAUCGCCCCCCUGGCUGUGCCUCGCUACCAGAAGUUCCCCCUGGGAGAUGGCACGUCCCUGCUGCUGGCUGACACUCUGCAGACCCACUCCAGCCUCUUUCUGGAGGAGCUGGAGCUGGUGCCCUCCACGCCCACCUCUGCCAGCGGCGCCUUCUGGAAGGGCAGUGAGUUGGGCGGGGAGGUAGCCGCGCCGCCAGCUGCCCCCAGCACCACCGGCGAGGUGGUGAAGAUCCUGGAGCGCUGGUGGGGGACCAAGCGGAUCGACUACUCGCUGUACUGCCCCGAGGCGCUGACCGCCUUCCCCACCGUCACGCUGCCCCACCUCUUCCACGCCAGCUACUGGGAGUCAGCCGACGUGGUGGCCUUCAUCUUGCGGCAGGUGAUCGAGAAGGAGCGGCCACAGCUGACCGAGUGCGAGGAGCCGUCCAUCUACAGCCCAGCCUUCCCCCGGGAGAAGUGGCAGCGCAAGCGCACGCAAGUCAAGAUCCGGAACGUCACAUCCAACCACCGGGCGAGCGACACGGUGGUGUGCGAGGGCCGCCCCCAGGUGCUGAAUGGGCGCUUCAUGUACGGGCCCCUGGACGUGGUCACGCUCACUGGAGAGAAGGUGGAUGUGUACAUCAUGACGCAGCCCCUGUCGGGCAAGUGGAUCCACUUCGGCACGGAGGUCACCAGCAGCUCGGGCCGCCUCACCUUCCCGGUGCCCCCCGACCGAGCCCUGGGCAUCGGCGUCUACCCGGUGCGCAUGGUGGUCAGGGGCGACCACACCUACGCCGAGUGCUGUCUGACGGUGGUGGCGCGGGGCACCGAGGCCGUGGUGUUCAGCAUCGACGGCUCCUUCACCGCCAGCGUCUCCAUCAUGGGCAGCGACCCCAAGGUGCGCGCCGGCGCCGUGGACGUGGUCAGGCACUGGCAGGACUCGGGCUACCUGAUCGUGUACGUCACGGGCCGACCUGAUAUGCAGAAGCACCGCGUGGUGGCCUGGCUGUCGCAGCACAACUUCCCCCACGGCGUGGUCUCCUUCUGCGACGGCCUCACGCACGACCCGCUGCGCCAGAAGGCCGUGUUUCUGCAGAGCCUGGUGCAGGAGGUGGAACUGAAUAUCGUGGCCGGCUACGGCUCCCCCAAAGACGUGGCGGUGUACGCGGCGCUGGGCCUGCCAGCCAGCCAGACCUACAUCGUGGGCCGUGCAGUGCGGAAAUUACAGGCUCAGUGCCAGUUCCUGUCCGAUGGCUACGUGGCCCACCUGGGCCAGCUGGAAGGCGGCUCCCACCCUCACUCUUCAGCGGGACCCUCCAGGGCCAAGAGCAGCUAUGGGGCAGCCGGCCCCGCCGACUUCCUCCGCAAACAGAGCCAGCUGCUUCGUUCCAGGGGCCCCAGCCAGGCCGACCGCGAAGGGCCCGGGACUCCGCCGGCCACGCUGGCCCGGGGCAAGGCCCGCAGCAUCAGCCUCAAGCUGGACAUGGAGGAGUGAGGCGGGUCCCGCCGCACCUGAGUUAUUUAUUCACACGCUACCUGCGGGGCCGCGUGGAGCUGGUCCAGGUGGCCCUCGGGCCCCUGCUUGGCCCCCAGCCCCACACCCUGCACCCGCCCUGCCCCUCAGGGUCACUUCCCUUUCAUGUGGGGGACACAGCCAGCCCCGGGGGAGGGAGGGGGCUCUCCAUGCCUGUACUUCCACGAGAAUAAACACCAACUGCUCCCCGCC